AUGCAUCUGUCCUGUUUGAAGCUGAUUGCACGACCUUUUUUGCAAGCACCGCCCUUGAUUGUUCAGCCUUUGCGCUUCAUCAUGGAUCUGAAAGACCUUGUUACUUCCUUAAAUGAUUUUGCUUCACUUUCCCUGGCUGAAAGUUGGGAUAAUGUGGGGCUCUUGGUUGAGCCAAGUCCUCCUCAUAUUGUCAAUACCCUUUUUCUCACCAAUGAUUUAACUGAAGAUGUGAUGCAGGAAGCCCUAGAGAAGAAAGCAAACCUCAUUCUUUCUUAUCACCCACCCAUUUUCCACCCACUGAAACGGUUAACGUGGAAAACAUGGAAGGAGCGUCUGGUAAUCCGAGCCUUGGAAAACAGAGUUGGCAUUUAUUCUCCUCACACAGCAUAUGAUGCUAUACCUAAUGGAGUCAAUGACUGGCUUGCUACAGGACUGGGCGCUUGUACUUCUGUUCCUCUGAAACCGGCUACAGCUUCCACUUACCCUGUAGGUGGGCCUUUCCGGGUUGAAUUCAGUGUAGCUUCUGCUGAAAGUCUGGAAACGGUUUUAUCCCAAGUCCAUGCAAUGCCAGAGGUGUCACUCAUUGCAACUCAACCUGCCAGAAUUGAAGGAGAAGAACAAACACGUGUCAGCUUGAACUGUUCUCAGCUAGCUUUGUUGCAAGUGGUGGCCUUGCUUUCCCAGAAGAGCCUGCUGUAUCAAACAACUGAAAUCAUAUCACUACAGAAGCCUUUGCUUGCCGAUACUGGAAUGGGACGUUUAUGCACAUUGCAUGAACCGGCCUCUGUUUCUCUCUUGAUUGAACGAUUGAAAAGUCACUUAAAACUCUCUCAUAUUCGUCUAGCUCUUGGAGCAGGGAAAUCACUGGAGUCCUCAGUGAAGGCAGUUGCUCUUUGUGCUGGUUCAGGAGCAAGUAUUUUACAAGACACAGAAAGUGAUCUCUAUGUUACCGGAGAGAUGUCCCACCACGAGGUACUAAAUGCUGUUUCCAGAGGGAUUUCCGUGAUUUUGUGUGAGCACAGUAACACUGAACGAGGCUUUCUGUUAAAUCUGCAACAAAUGCUAGCUGUGCGUUUUAUGAAUAAGAUCAAUAUCAUCAUUUCUGAAAGAGAUAGAGACCCCCUUCAAGUUGCAUAAAAGAAGCAAAUGUUGAGAACUAAUGUAAGUGUAUAUCCUUCAGAGACUUUAACAAAAAAUAUUGGCAAAAAUAUACUUUGAUUCCUAAUGUUUUAACAAUAUCAUGCCUGGAAAUGAGUAAAUGGUUGAAAAAGGCAAAAUGACUUUAUUGUAGCUGAGAAAAUUACAUUUGAAUGCUCAAGAUUUUUAUUUUACAUUUUGAGAGUAUCAAAUUGGAGGAAAGCUUAUAUACAGUUACUAAUUAGCAGCAUUCUCUCACUGAAUAUUCUUUCUGUCUAUACAUUUUUAAUCUGCCUCAGAGUCAUUUUACUUUCCCCAAUACAGUAUCCUUGUCCUCUUUUCCUUCUCCGAGAUAAAUUUUGCUAGUCCCUUCUGAGGCGAAUCAAUAUUUGUUAUCCUAGUUUCUAACUGUACUUUCUGUAUAUUCAUUUUUUACACCAGAUUUGGAUUCAUUUGUCAUCCACUAACAUCAAUCAAAUAUUUUCCUAUAUCAUCCAUAUCAAUAUAACACAUAAACCUCUGAAGCCAACGUUACCUUCAGGAGUGAUAUGGGAAAAGAGAUGUUUUGGAAGAGUCUAGAAACAGUUUAUUUUCAGUUAAAGGUCUCAGUAUUUCAAAAAUAGUUCUUCUCUAAGACAGAAAUAGUUACAUGGCAUAACAGAACCAUAUAAAAGGAUAUAAUUGCAUGUUUGUUUUUAUUCAGACAGCUUUUAAACAAUUGUUAGGUAAGAAAAACAGGUUAACUGAGCAUGUUUGCAGUAGUUUUUAUUGAUAAAAACAAAUAACAGCUGUUGUCAUACUUUUCAAAUGGCUUAUAUGGGGGAAUCUUUUGUUCCCAAUUAAGGCUAAAAAUGUAAUAAACGAUGAUAUCCAC